GCUUUGAAUUUAGUGCAACUGUUUUUUUCCCUUCUCGAGCUCAUCUUCUAAUACUACUGUUUCAAAGCUCCACUGCUGCAUUAACAGCACUCUUUGGUUCCCAGCUUGGGUGCUGCUCCCCAGUGCAUUAAUAGUGUUUCUUGAGUUGAGAUUAGUACUUCUUGUCCCAGAAGAAAACCCCCCACUUGAUUUCAAGUGUCAAACAGGGUUUUUAGUGCCUGUUUAGGGUUAUAAAGAGAAGGGUUUUAAGGGAGAAAGGCAGAGAAAACAUGGAUGACAAACAUGAUGCAGAUAAGGUGGAUGAUGUUAUGCUUCCUGGGUUUCGGUUCCACCCGACCGAUGAAGAGCUUGUUGGGUUUUAUCUUAAGAGGAAAGUACAGCAGCGUCAGCUUCCUAUCGAGCUAAUUAAGCAAGUUGAUAUCUACAAAUAUGAUCCCUGGGAUCUUCCAAAACUGGCACCUUCUGGGGAGAAGGAGUGGUACUUCUACUGUCCAAGGGAUCGUAAAUACAGGAACAGCGCGCGGCCCAAUAGAGUCACAGGAGCUGGAUUUUGGAAGGCUACUGGAACAGACCGUCCUAUUUACUCCUCUGAUGGCUCCAAAUGCAUUGGCUUGAAAAAGUCACUUGUGUUCUACAGAGGCAGAGCUGCUAAAGGGAUUAAAACUGACUGGAUGAUGCACGAGUUUCGACUUCCUUCGCUCUCCGACCCAUCACCACCAAAGAAACUUUUAGACAAAAGCUUUCCUGCAAAUGAUGCUUGGGCUAUUUGUAGGAUAUUCAAGAAAACCAAUUCAAUGGCGCAACGAGCACUUUCACACUCCUGGGUGUCGCCAUUUCCAGCAGAAGUAACAAGAUCAGAUGUUCUUAAUCAAGGUGGACACUGUCCCCAGUUCAGUUCAGAGAACAUAUCUUGCCCAACUGAAAUCGGAUCAGUCAUCCCAUUUAGCAACAACAAUGGAUUACAACAUGCCUCUACUGCCACUUUCUCUGCUCUGGACGUCCUCUCAUACAAACCACUUAAUCCUACUUUCUAUAAACCACCUCUACUUCCUAACUCAAAUGGAGUAGAGCUUCCCAAUAGUUUCAUGUUCUCGCAAUCCGAGGCCACCAAAUGUACAGUUGAUGCUUCUUCAAUGCUACUAAACCAGGCCUUAGUUGGGGAUAUCAGUAAAGGCAGCUCGGAGACGAUAGAUUUUUCAGGGCCUCAACAGUUCAGUGGCUUCUCAAUCAGUAUGCACCAAGAGAUGCAAGGAAAUAUGGGUGGUGUAGGAGAAGAGGAUCAGGAAGGGCUGAGAAAGAACCAAAGUGAAACUCAUGAUAGUAACCAGUGGGGGACACUUAGAUCUAUUGGAUUUCCCUUCAGUUUGCCUUCAAAUGACUGGAAGCUUGAUCUGCCUUGGGACUCUGAUUCACCACCUUGUCCUAGUGAUAUGUCUACUUCUUAUUCGACAAACAAAUGCUACACUUAACAAUAUAUUUAA